UGCAUGGGUAUGUAGGGUAGAUCACCCAUUAAUUCAUCGUGGAUCGAACUUACAUACGAAAAGGUAAACACGAAGUGUGACCACUCCAUAUGAAAUAAAUGUUGUGAAUACAAGAACGAUGCUUGUUCGCACUUAAGAGCUCUCAAGUAGGAGCAGAUACAAAUGCUCUCAAGUAGGAGCAGAUACAAAUCAAGAAUUGAGCUUGGGUAUUAAAAGCGAGGAGAUAACUGCAUUUAUGCUGUCAUUACUCAUUUCCAUAGUGUGCAGAAUUAUCUACCAUUUCCUUCCUUCACAAUUUCGCAUGUGGAUGAAGGCAUGAAGCUCAAGCGAAGCGUGACGGAACUUGUGGCCGCAAGCUAGGAACCUUAAUGGUUGCUAUAUUAAGGCUGUUCAUCGUGCAGGCACAAGUUCAUCUCCAUGCAUUCCAGUAAAGACCAUUUUUAGGACAAACACAUCGGUUUCAAAAAAAAAAAAUUAGGACGAACAGAGCAAUCUCUUCGCAUGCAACAGCGGCCGCCAUUUUCCCUAGAUUCACCUUCCAUUGGUAGCUUGGUUGUUCACCAAUGGCGCACUUAGGGGCGGUCCUCUGCAUCCGUGUUGCUCUCGUCGUCGUCCUCCUCCCGUCGCUUCUGGCGACCGUCGCCGUCGCGCACAACGACACCGGCGAGCACAAGAACUACCUCAUCAUCGUGCGCAAGCCGUACGAGUACGACCACAAUGUGUACAAGACCGUGUCGAGCUGGCACGCGUCGCUGCUGGCGUCCGUGUGCGACACGGCCAAGGAGGAGCUCGCCACCGACCCCGGCGCCGAGACGCGGCUCAUCUACUCCUACCGCAACGUCGUCAAUGGCUUCUGCGCCCGCGUCACCAGGGAGGAGGUGUACGAGAUGGCCAAGAAGGACUGGUUCGUGAAGGCCAUCCCGGAGAAGACGUACAAGCUGAUGACCACGUACACGCCGAAAAUGGUCGGGCUCACCGGCGCCCCGGCGGCCUACCAUGGCGGCUUGUGGAACAGGAGCAACAUGGGCGAAGGGAUGAUCAUCGGGGUGCUUGACGACGGCAUCGCCGCCGGGCACCCGUCGUUCGACGCGGCCGGGAUGGGGCCGCCGCCGGCCAGGUGGAAGGGCCGGUGCGACUUCAACAGCUCAGUGUGCAACAACAAGCUCAUCGGCGCGCGGUCCUUCUUCGAGUCGGCGAAGUGGAAGUGGAGAGGGGUCGACGACCCGGUGCUCCCCGUCUAUGAGCUGGCGCACGGCACGCACACCUCGAGCACGGCGGGCGGCAACUUCGUGCCCGGGGCGAACGUGAUGGGCAACGGGUUCGGCACGGCGGCCGGCAUGGCGCCACGCGCGCACCUCGCGCUCUACCAGGUGUGCUCCGAGGACAGAGGCUGUGAUCGGGAUGACAUAUUGGCGGCGAUGGAUGACGCCGUGGACGAGGGCGUCGACGUGCUCUCCAUCUCGCUCGGCGAUGACGAGGCCGGAGAUUUCGCCGGGGAUCCCGUCGCGCUCGGGGCGUACACAGCCAUCAUGAGGGGCGUCUUUGUCAGCUCGUCGGCCGGGAACAACGGCCCGAACCCAUUGACGGUCUCCAACGAGGCGCCGUGGCUGCUCACCGUGGCGGCGUCCACGACCGGCCGGAAGUUCGUGGCCACCGUGAAGCUUGGCACCGGGGUCGAGUUCGACGGCGAGGCGCUCUACCAGCCACCCAACUUCCCGAGCACGCAGUGGCCGCUGAUAGCGGACACCCGCGGUGACGGCACGUGUUCCGACGAGCACCUAAUGAAGGAGCACGUCGCCGGGAAGCUAGUCGUGUGCAACCAGGGUGGCAACUUGACCGGACUCCGGAAAGGGAGCUAUCUACACGAUGCCGGCGCCGCCGGGAUGGUUCUCAUCGGCCCUGAGUUCAUGGGCUCAAUGGUCCAACCCAAGUCGCACAUCCUCCCCGUGGCGCAAAUCGUCUACUUGUCGGGGGAGGAGCUCAAGGCCUACAUGAAAUCCACGAAGAGUCCGACGGCGGCGCUGAUCUACAAAGGAACAGUGUUCGGCGACCGCAAGACGCCGGAGGUGGCGCCCUUCUCGUCCCGGGGGCCGAGCAGGCAGAACCAGGGGAUCCUCAAGCCCGACAUCACCGGCCCCGGGGUGAACAUCAUCGCCGGCGUGCCCGUGACCUCGGGCCUCGCCACGCCGCCCAAUCCACUGGCGGCGAAGUUCGACAUCAUGUCAGGCACGUCCAUGGCGGCGCCGCACCUCAGCGGGAUCGCCGCGCUGAUCAAGAAAGCGCACCCGAAGUGGUCACCGGCGGCGAUCAAGUCGGCCAUGAUGACAACGGCCGACACGUUGGACCGCCGGCGGAGGCCGAUAACCGACCAGAAAGGCAACAAUGCCAAUAUGUUCGGCCUCGGCGCCGGCUUCAUCAACCCGACGAAGGCCAUGAACCCGGGCCUCGUGUACGACCUGACAGCGCAGGACUACGUCCCUUUCCUUUGCGGGCUCGGGUACAGCGACCACGAGGUGAGCUCCAUCAUCCACCCGGCGCCAUCGGUGUCCUGCAAGCAGCUGCCGGCCGUCGAGCAGAAGGACCUCAACUACCCGUCCAUCACCGUCUUCCUCGACCGGGAGCCCUACGUGGUGAGCGUCAGCCGCGCCGUGACGAACGUCGGGCCCCGCGGCAAGGCGGUGUACGCGGCGAAGGUGGAUAUGCCGGCGACGGUGUUGGUGACGGUGACGCCGGACACGCUCAGGUUCAAGAAGGUGAACCAGGUGAGGAAGUUCACGGUCACCUUCAGGGGCGCGAAUGGCGGCCCGAUGAAGGGCGGCGUCGCCGAGGGGCAGCUCAGGUGGGUCUCGCCGGACCACGUGGUGCGCAGCCCGAUCGUCGUCUCCGCCCAAAAGUUCUUGAACGGUAACACGAGCUCCUCCGAUCACGCGGGCCAUUGAUUGUUGAUUACGUAGCUUUGCCAGUAAAUGGGGUACUUGAUUAGACCCCCAAGGAUUAUAAACUGCCCCCUGAUGAUUGUCCUCGAAAAAAGAUGAAGAGAAAGACAAAAUAACUCUAUUAGAAGAUGGACCAAGAUGCGAAGGGAUUGCGUGGCCGGAAAAAAAAAAAAGCAACAUGGGAUUCUUUUUCCAUGAUGGCCAUGGCCUGGAUAUGUGCCCCUGAACCAAACUGCUUCGAUAUUGGGCUUGAUGGGUUUGUUACGGAUUUAGACCUUUAUACAAUUAGCAUAGCUAAAAUUUCGAUCUUAUUGUUGUGGGUUGGAUAUUGGAUGAUAGCACUACGGCACUACCUUUGUGGAUAAGGGAUAUAUCUCA